AAUCAAUUUAAUAAUCUUUAUAUCUAUCAUCCGAUAUACAUUCUUUAAGUCAAUUUAUACAUCUUUAUUAAAGCUCCCUUCUCGUUUUCGCUUUAUUUUAUUUAUAAAAAAAAAGAAAAGAUGGGUUUAUUGGCAGCUGCAGUCGUUUAUGUCGUUGGUGGUGCAGCUAUUGCUGUCGGAGCUGGCCCUGUUGCAGCUGGACUCUUCGGAAUCUCUCAAUCUGGCAUCGUCGCUGGGAGCGUGGCGGCCGGCGCUCAAGCAUUCGUUGGAAAUGUUGCGGCAGGUUCUGUUCUCGCCCAAUUAACUUCAAUGGCCAUGUUAGCACCUACACCAUAAAAG